AUGGAUCCUGGCAUGGCGACCGGCGGCGGCGGCAGCAUCCCGGACGUCCACAGCAACACCGACAGCAGCAACAAGACGCUGCUCAAGAGCCAAGCCCUGUACAAGUACAUCCUGGACACGACGGUGCUGCCGAACGAGCCGGAGUGCAUGCGCGAGCUGCGCCUCCUCACGGACAAGCACGAGCGGUACGUACGUGCUGCCCCGGCCGCCGAAGCAGCUUUAUGCAGAGCUCCUGCUCUUCUUCUCGCUCUGUAA